AGGGCAGUUGGAGACAGUAUCUCCCCAAAAAGUAGUGAGACAGUGUGAAAACAAGAUAGGAGCAGACCGAAGCAAACAAAGAAAUCUACGCACGAUGAAUUAUCGGGUUUUAUUCAACGACUAAUGGAGCUCUCAAUGAAAAAUCGAGUGAAGCAUUAGUGAUCAUCGAGUGAGUGCAGGUGAUGGUAACGCCUCCGCAAAACAUCCACCUCUGCGAAGUAAUCAGCUGUAGGGGAUAACCGAGUCAGCUGAUGUCUCCCAUCACCAACUGGUGAUUGUCACCUCUCCGUGUCGAUUCAAUUAACCGGAACAGUGAUAGAAAUACGUCAAGUAUGUGAGAAGACUUAACAUCGUCAAUUGAAACUCGAGUUAUCGCAGUUGUGAAAUUUUCCUAUCAUGUUACCUAACGGUGUACCUAACGAUAAUCAACAACGGUGAAUGGAAGAGAUUGGAGCGCUCCUAGAGAACAACGUCAUUGUCUGAGACGACUCAUUUCAAUUGGACAUUUUCAAUUGACAUUUUCCAAUAAAUUUAAAAUGGGUAAUUGCCUCAAGAGCGGAGGAGGUCAGAAUGACAAUGCAAAUCUCCUCAGCAACAGUUUAGAUCCUGGAGUGACAGGCAGCUCCUCUCAGGAUCCCCUAGGUGCCCGAACGAUGCCUUACAAUGAAAUGAUUGACUCUCGCUAUCCGAUCGUGACAGCCAGAGGGAGGCACAUGCGUUCCACAGAAUCGAGUAUCGGUAUGAAUGUCGGUCAUGGAAUUGGUAAUGCAAUCGGCACAAGGGGAACAACAACAACAACCGGUGGUCUAAUAACAUCGAGCACAGUGACCGAUGAUGAACAACAAGUUAGAAUUGCCAAACGAAUUGGACUGAUUCAGCAUCUGCCCACACGUGAAUACGACGGUACCAAGAAGGGUGAAUGCGUGAUAUGUAUGAUGGAGCUCACUAUUGGUGAAUCAGUUCGUUAUUUACCAUGUAUGCAUACAUAUCACGCUGUAUGCAUUGAUGACUGGUUACUGAGAUCACUCACUUGUCCUUCAUGCAUGGAACCAGUCGAUGCAGCACUCAUAAAUUCCUACCAUCCAACGACUUAGUCAUCUCGACGCAAUCUGACGCUUCGGAGAGUCAUUACUCAAUGGCAAACAGUCGAGACGACUAAAUCUCAUCAUUUUAAACGUAAACAGUCCCCUACGAUAAUUUUAGGAGACUGGAGAGUACUCGGUAGACUAGGGGAGGCAUUCCACGAUUUAAUAAUACUCUCAAUGAAUUUAUUUGUGAGAUUCUUACGAGGGUAUUAUUUUAUUCGCGUGAGGUAGAUCUAUGAUUCAUCAGUAUCUAUUCAAUUCGAUGGCCUCGGGUCUCAUUCUGACGGCUGAAUCGUUGGAAAAUAUCAAUAUUGUACCAGUUAUUUCAGCCAAUGUGGAUUAUACCGGUUGUAAUGAUUUAAUAUGAUAACGUGGAAGAGGAAUAUUGAUAAGUGACCGCAUCUGUUGAUGCCACCCGUUGUGAUAAGAAUACGAAACUAACAUGAUGAUUUAAAUGAACCUGCACGCUGCUAUUAAGGCACUCUGUUUCCAAGUACAUUUAAUGCUCGUAUGGAUGCUUGGCUUACUACUUUUAGUUGUACUAAUAUUUGCAACUGGAAUACUUUAUGUUACGGUGAGAAUGGAAGAAAUUGAGCUGUGAAAUAGUGAUUUGUUGAUAAAAUAAUUGUAUGAACACUAGCUGUACGCAUAUUGAAUAGAAAAUUUAAUACAAAUGAAUAAAUCAACCGAUGUGAAUUGCAAUAAUAUUGAACUAUUGACACUGGUUAAUUAUCAUGUAUCUACCGAAAUUGUAUAUAAAUAUGGAGUACCAUGUACGGUAUCAGCUGCAUAUGGAAGAGGAAUAAUAAAAACUUGAAAGUCAUUAAAA